UAAAAAGCACGCAAGUCUUUCUUUCUGAAGAAACAAACCAAAACCCCUUCGUGUAUCAGUAAUGGUUUGGGGUCUCUUUCCCGUUGAUCCUCUUUCAGGUGAAGAUAAAUACUACAUCUUUUCAAAGGGUAUUUACAAGAUUGGUCGAAAAGGAUGUGAUAUUAUUAUCAAUAAGGAUAAGGGGGUAUCUAGGAUCCACGCUGAGUUAACUUUUGAUUCAACCUCUCGGAGGGACAAAUCUUCAGAUACCUCCUCCUUUGUUAUCCGUGUCAAAGAUUGUUCUAAGUAUGGCACCUUUAUCAAAACUGACCUGGGGGCAAAAUACAAAGUUCAUGAGCUACCUAAUAAGGAGAAAAUUCUCCAAGAUGGAGAUGUUAUCGCGUUUGGUACAGGUUCAGCUACUUACAGGUUGUCCUUAAUUCCGCUUGUAUUUUACUUCUGCCCUUCCUCUGAGACGUUUAGGGUGGAUCAGUCGGUACAAGAUGCAGUUUCAUCUAUUGGUGCUCGUAUUUCUCCUACCUUGAGUGAGGAGUGCACUCAUGUGCUUCUUGAGCCACGUAUGCAAGUGAAUGAAGCUCUGGUCAAUGCAAUUUUAGCCAAAAAACCAAUCAUUUUGACAAAUUGGGUGAAGCUUCUCGCAGAGAAAAGUAUCUGCAGCGAAUUUCCUGGAUACAGCCAGUACAGACCAUCAGUGAUGGUUGAAGAAACUUUCGUGGAUGUACUAGAAGUAAACGUCCGUGAAAAAUGUCUAGAAGGAUUUACCUUUGUGUUGGAACCACCAGACAUGUACAGAUUUGGUUGCAGCUUCCCAUCUUUACUUAAAGUAUGUGGUUCAGAGACUGUUACCAUAGCAGACGUUAGCUCCAUAAGUCAGGAUUCUCAGUAUGGAGAAAUUAAUCGCAUGAUAUGUGUCAUCCCAAAAAGUUCAGGAGACAAAUUUGGCCGUUUGAAGCAUCUCAGUUUGUUAUCUAGAGUGAACGAGAUGGAUUUAGUAUGCGCCGUCUUUUCCGGAAAUCUACCUUCAACUUCACUGAUACCACCUUCCGUUGUAAUUUCAUCCUCAUGCUCUACGGAUGAGACAGUGGUAGCGGAUUCUGAUGCCGAAGAGGAAGAAAUAACAUCGUCUGUUCAUAUGAUUGAUGCUACUGAAAAAGCAGAAACACCAGAGAAGCCUGCAGCUAUUGUAAUUGAGGAUAGUCCUGUUACGAUAUUGGAAGAAACUAUGGAUUUGAAUGAGUUUAAAAGCGUAAACUUAUUAGCAGAUACUGAAGAUAGAGGUCACAUCGAUGAAAAGAACUCAGGUGAUAGUGUGACAAUCCGAAGGGAUCGGAACGAUGAGGCUGAAACUGGUAAUUCGGAGAUUAUAUACACUCAAGAUCUUAUUGUUAGGGACUUGCGGUCGACUAGAAAUGUUCAAUCGACAGGAGGGGAAGGAGUUGUGGACUUCAAGCGAUUCAGAAAGGGAAAUGUUACAUGCGGAAACAGCUUCAGUAGCCUAAUACCUUUUGCGAAGGAUCCAUACAAAGAAUACGAUUGCGGGGACGUGACAGAUUUUAUGAAAGAAGAGAAGAAAAGGAAGCAGAUGGAAGCCAUUGCAGAGGACUUGUUUAACACUGAAAAGGCUAGAAAGCGUGGAACGGCUGGUUCCAUUCGCGGGUUUCUCACUCGAAGUUGAGGUUUCAUGGUAAAAUGGCCUAUGGAAGAACGCAUGAUUCUGGAUCAGUGGAUCACUAGGAACUAAACAAAAUCUUGUCUUUUUUUUCGUUCUUCAUGAGUUAAACAAUGUAUGUACACGGGGAAGUGUAGAUACAUACACAUAUAUAUAAUGAUCUUUGGUUUCUCUGAUGAAAA